AUGGAGAUAAGUGAGAAGAUGGAAGUUGUCACUAAAGAAGUACUCCUCCGCCCACCACCAAUGCACCACCAGGCCUUGGAUCCAGACCUUCUGGGCUGCUGCCCCUGCUGCGACUGUUGCUCCUGCUGCCCCAGCUGCGGCAGCUGCGCCAACUGCUGCUGCUGCUGCCCCAGCUGCUGCUGCCCCCCCAGCUGCGGCUGCUGCUGCCGGCUCUGCUGCUGCCUCCCCAGCCUCCUGUGCAAGCUACCCAAGUUCCCCAGCUGCCCCGUGCACAUCAAGAGGCUCUUGAUCGUCGUGGUGAUCAUCGUCCUCAUCGUGGUGAUCAUCGUGGGUGCUCUUCUGAUGGGGCUGUUCAUCACCCAGGUGCACACUGAGACGGUCUUGCAAAUGACUAUUGAAGGGCUGGAAGGGAGAGAGUCCCAGCUGAAUCUCUCCAUGGAUCAGGAAGAAGUGGCCACUUUCCACGUGGAUGAUGGAAUCAAUGACCCUGCCACAGUCAUUUAUUACUUUGGCAAGCUACUGAUUGGUUACAAAUCCUGGUACAGAAAGGCCUGCUUCAUCACCACAAUGGACAAGGGGAACAUCCAAGGCCUAGAUACUAUCCUGAAAAAAUUCCAGUCCACACAGAGGCGGAAGAACUUAGCCAUCACCUUUUCCAGCACAGAGGUCAUCCCAUAG